AUGCGUUAUAAACCAACACUGACUCGAGUAGCCAGUUAUCAAAUCCUCAUAGCUUCAUGUUUAGGAUUAGUAGCUUUCAUAUCAUUCUCCAUAUUACGAAGAAAGUAUCCUAAGAUAUACGUCGCUAACUUAAACAAUUCCAACUUCAAUUAUUUGCAUUCAACGUCUCGUCAGAAUCUCCCUCAGAUACCUUCCGGUUCCUUAUUUCAAUGGAUCCCCAUAGUUUUCAAUAUAGACGAGCAACAGAUUUUAGAUCAUGCUGGAUUAGAUGCGGUAGUAUUCCUUGGAUUUUUCAAAAUGAGUAUUAAAGCAUUAAUGACAUGUGUCAUCUUGGCUGUGACUGUCAUAUCACCUAUUCGGUAUGUGUAUACGGGGAAGCUUGAUCAAGAUUAUCCUGAUGAUGAUGACGAUGAUGAUCAGGAUAAUAAUGAUGAAGAUGAACCAACUAAAAGAUUAAUAAAGAAAGUCGCCAGAUAUGUUAUACGUCUGAUUCCCGACUCAAACACAAACGAUGACAGUUACCAGAAGUUCUUGUGGAUAUAUACCGUGUUCACGUAUGUGUUCACAUUUAUAAUCACAUACUUCUUAUUUAAGCAAACAGUCAAAAUAAUCAAUAUGAGACAGAGUCAUUUGGGUAAACAAAACUCAAUCACCGAUAAAACCAUAAAGAUUUCCGGAAUCCCUCCGAUUUUAAGAGAUGAGAUCGAUUUAAAGAGACAUAUUGAAAACUUGAGUAUUGGAGAAGUAGAUUCUAUAGUCAUAGUCAAAGAAUGGGGACCGUUAAAUGAUUUAUUUAAAUUGCGGAAGAACAUUCUAAGAAAGUUAGAAGUAUACUGGGUGGAGUAUUUCAAAUCAAAUGGAAUUACUAAUAAGAAUCAAUUGCUAUCAUCGAACCUACGACCUCAACUUGGAGAUCUGAUAAAUAUGAAUCAGCAAGAACAACAACAACAAGACCAGCAAGAUCAGCAACAGUUCCCUCCUUAUCAGGAUAAUGUAUGGGAAGAAGAUAAUCCUCUAUCACCACAAUUUUCAAAUAGAGAAUAUGUCCUCGAACAGAUUGAAGAUUUAGUCAGCCAAAAUGGUAACUCGGCCGAUAAUUCACUUGGUCAGGUUUCCUUCUUGAACGAUGAAUUGUUGAAUAAAUCUAGACCCAAAUGUAAGAAGGGUUGGUGGGGAUUAUUUGGAUAUGAAGUAGAUGCCAUCAAUCAUUGGUCUGAACAAUUAGAUAUUAUAGAUAAAGAGAUUAUUAGGGCUAGAACUAGAGAAUAUCCAGCAACAUCAACAGCUUUUGUUACCAUGAAAUCUGUUGCUCAAGCUCAAAUGUUAGCUCAAGCAGUAUUAGAUCCAAAAGUUAACCAUUUAAUAACUGAUCUUGCACCAGCUCCUCAUGAUAUUAUCUGGGAUAACUUAUGUCUUACCAGAAAUGAGAGGAAAAUUCGACAAUUCACUGUUACUGUAUUUAUUGGGAUUUGUAGUGUAUUAUUGGUUUAUCCUGUUCGAUAUUUGGCUAAUUUUUUGAAUAUUAAAUCUAUAUCCAAAGUAUUACCAAAGUUUGGAGAAUUUUUAGAAAGCAAUGCUACAUUACAAAUAUUUGUUACAGGAUUGUUACCAACUUAUAUCUUUACAAUAUUCAAUAUAAUUAUUCCAUAUGUAUAUAUAUGGGCAUCAGCAAGACAAGGAUUUACAUCCCAUAGUGAUGAAGAGUUAUCAUCAGUAUCCAAGAAUUUCUUCUAUAUAUUUGUUAAUUUAUUUUUAAUUUUUACUGUAUUUGGUACGGCCUUUUUAAGUGAUACAGUAAAACUUGCUUAUCAAUUGGCUCAAUCAUUAAGAGAUCUUUCAUUAUUCUAUGUGGACUUAAUCAUAUUACAAGGGUUAGCUAUAUUCCCAUUAAAACUUUUAUUACUAGGUAAUUUGUUACGGUUCUCUUUUGAAUCCUUCUUGUGGUGUAAAACUCCUAGAGAUUAUUUAAAUCUAUACAAACCUCCUGUAUUUGACUUUGGUUUACAUUUACCUCAACCAAUUUUAAUAUUGAUUAUCACCAUAGUUUAUUCUAUCAUGUCAACCAAGAUAUUAACAGCAGGACUAAUCUAUUUCAUCUUGGGAUAUUUUGUAUGUAAAUAUCAAUUGUUAUAUGCUUGUGUCCAUCCUCCUCAUUCUACUGGUAAAGUUUGGCCAUUAGUAUUUAGAAGAACAAUUUUAGGCUUAUUAAUAUUCCAAUUGACUAUGGUGGGUACAUUACUUUUACAAGAAGCGUAUAUAUGUGCAACCUUUUUAGGUCCAUUACCAAUAUUUACCAUAUUUUCAUUAUGGAAUUUUCAGAAUAAUUAUAUCCCAUUAUCGGUAUUUAUAGCAUUAAGAGCCAUUGAUAAUAACCUGCUUGGAACUCGUGAUGAAGAAGAUAUAAUCGCCAGCACUAAUAGUCCUAUUUCCGAUGAUAAUGAUUUGACUACUUCUAAAACACUCGAUGAGAGAAGAGAGUUUCAGUCCACUUAUGAGUACCCAUAUUUAGUAGAUCAAUUGGAUGGACCUAUAAUUGCUAUCGAUAGAAACGAAGUAUUGAUUGUUGAUAAAGAUGGUUGUUUGAUACGGAAACCACAGAUUAUCGAUGAGUGGGAUUGA